AAAAAAGGCUGCGAGAGAGUAACGGGAACUGGGCUGCUUUGGAAAUUAAAUUAAAGUGAAGGAAAACGGGUCCAGACGCGCGUUCGGGACGCUGGAAACAGGCUGGGAUUAUCGGCUUCGGCCUCUUGACACGUCCAGAUGAAGGAGCAGAAGCUGUGGAGACGCUGAGAAACGCCGAUGAAGAUGCUCCUCAUUCUUCUGGACUCGCAUCAUUAGCUUCAUUGAGAGUUUUCUGCAACAACAAACUGAAGUUUCUCACACGUCCGCCCCUCGUCGCUGAUCCCUGACCGAAAAGACUUUUUGACAUUUUGAGGAAGCACAGCGUUCGACCGGCCUCAUGGCGAACGUGUGCCCUUACGGCCGCUUCACCCACGCCGUGGUGCGCGGCAUCCCGGAGACCUUCGGGAAGCCGGCGGGGGACGGCCGCGAGAACGGCGAGGCGUCGGUGGAGCUGGCCAAGGCGCAGCGGCAGUUCGGCUGCCUGACGGGGGCGCUGAGGCAGAAGGUGGGCCUGCAGCUCAUCGAGAUCCCCCCCGACCCCCAGCUGCCCGACAGCUGGAGGAUCGAGGACGUGGCGGUCAUCCAGGGUGACACGGCUCUGAUCACCAGGCCCUUCAAGCAGCAGCGACGCAGCGAGGCGGAGGCGGUGAGGAGGGUGAUGUCGGAGCUCAGCCUCACCGUGGUGGAGAUGGGAGGCGAGGACGGCGACUCCGGCGGGGCCACGCUGGAGGGCAGCGACGUCCUCUUCACGGGGAGGGAGUUCUUCGUGGGCAUCUCGCCUCACACCAACCGCAGGGGAGCCGAGGUGCUGGCCGACACUUUCAGGGACUUCGCUGUGUCGACUGUUCCUGUGUGUGGCGGAGCGCGACUGAAGAACGUCUGCUCCAUGGGAGGUCCCGACACCAUCAUCAUCAGCAACAGUGACGGGGCCAAGAAGACGCUCCGGAUGAUGGAGCAGCUGACCGAUCACCACUACGAAGUGCUCACCGUCCCCGAGGAGUCGGCCGCCAACUGCGUCUACGUCAGAGGCCCGUCCAAACGCGACUUCCUGCUGCACCGGCCCGCCGAGGAGUGUCCCGAGAGCGUCCCCGCCUUCCAGAAGCUGCAGGACUACACCCUCCUGCCCACCGCCUGCAGCGAGGCCUCCAAGCUGGGAGCGUCUCUGUCCUCGCUCUGCCUCCUCAUCAACAGGAAGCAUUCGUACUUCUGAAGACGCUCUCCUCCGCCCCCCCCCCCCACGCGCGGCGUAUUUAUUCUCAGCGGAGACGCUGACCGGAUCCAUCCGACUCGCUAAAACAAUCUCCAACAGGAAACCACUAAAUCUGAUAGUUUCACACUGUUUUCUAGUUUCUGCAGACCACUAAGCUAAAAUUAUUUAACUGAUGUUGAUGGAGGCGUUCCUGCGGCCUCCAGCUACUCAUCUAUCUGUACCUGCUCCAGCUGUGACGGUUUAUUCAAUUAAUGCAACUGGAGCCCUGAAAAGGGGCUCAGAAUAGAAACAGGCUCUCAAACUGUCGAUGUAUUUACAUCAGGCAGCCUGCAGACGUCAUUGUAAAUCCACCCCAGCGUCCACUUAACGCCACGCCGGUAUUGUUUUCAUGUUUCAGGCCACAAGAGCUGCUAAAGAUAGAAAAGACUUUUGUAUUUGCUUCCCAGUGUAUGAAUUUGUAGCUCCUGUAGAGAUUA